UUUUUAUUCAGCAGCGGGCGGGGUUGUGCAAAAAGGAUUUUCACUCAAAAAAGCGAUUUCAUAGUUGAAUAUAUAUAGCCUUGGCGAUAAACGGAGACGGCGGAUUUUUUUGUCAUCAACCAUAGCUCGUUUUAAAUACCGGAAUAUUAUUAUUCCUUUUCUCGAACAGAUAAAGGCUACUUUUUUUUGCUAGUGAGGAAAAAAUUUCACUUUCAACUAGUUCGCUUUCCCCCCUCUUCUUCUCAUUCAGGUCUUAAAAUACUCACCCUUGUUUCUCUAAAACCAUCCCCCACACCUUCUUUUUUCCCUGCUCUUUUCAAAGGAACAACUGAAUUUAACUUUUUCUUUCUUUUCUUUCAUAACAUACAUAUGGCCUCAGUUGCUUCCUCUUCUACCUCUGUAUCUUCAACUGUAAAUAUGCCACUCACACAGACCAAGGAGGCCGCUAUUUCGGCGACAACACAGUAUAGCUCGGCGCCUGUUGUGGAUAUGGAGUACGACUACGAGGAGUUGCCAGAGACAUCGCCACUGACCAUGCACUUGAUUGCUGGAGCCGCCGCCGGAAUAAUGGAGCACUCUGUCAUGUACCCGUUUGACAUUGUCAAGACUCGGAUGCAGGUGGUCGGAUCUCCGUCGUCGAUGGUGUAUAGCGGUAUCACACAUGCGUUCAAGGUUAUCACAACGACCGAAGGAGUGCGGUCGCUGUGGCGGGGCGUUAUGUCGGUGGUGUUGGGCGCUGGCCCUGCCCAUGCCGUCUACUUUGCCACGUAUGAGCAUACCAAAAAGGCAUUCACUACGGCAGCUGGAGGCAACGCCAAUGCAUUGGCAGCAGGUGCGGCCGGUGGUGUGGCAACGAUCAUCAGCGACGCGCUGAUGAACCCAUUCGACGUGAUCAAGCAGCGCAUGCAGCUGGCGGGCACAGGGUACAAAAACAUUAUCGACUGCACAACAAAAGUAUUCCACAAUGAGGGUCUGCGGGCCUUCUAUGUCUCAUACCCGACGACUCUGAUGAUGAACAUGCCGUUCCAGACGAUACAAUUCGGAUGCUACGACCUGUUCCGCCGGACGCUCAACCCAUCGGGCACAUACUCACCGACCACCCACGUUAUGGCCGGUGGUCUGGCCGGCGCCAUGGCGGCUGCGCUGACUACGCCGAUCGAUUGCUGCAAAACGCUGCUGCAGACUAGGGGCGCCUCCUCGGAUCCCGAAGUGCGUGCGGCGAGCUCUAUGGCGACGUCGGCGAGGAUUAUCUAUAGAAACCAGGGCUUAAGGGCUUCUGGCGCGGUAGUUAUCGCCAAUAUGCCCGCUACUGCUAUUAGCUGGACCACAUACGAGUACUUCAAGUGGAUGAUCGCUCGGCGAGAUGGCAGGCGCAACGAGUGAACGUCGUGGAGUUGCGUAUAUAUCCCCCCUUAGAAGAAACCAAAAUAUUUUUUGAUUGAACAAAC